CGUGCGUACGUGCGUACGUGCGUGUGGUGUCGUGUGGUUUCGCGCGUAUUGUUCGAGCAUCCGCGCGGUGAUCCAUUAUUGGCACCGGUGGCACGUGCCAUUGGCAGCGGGCGUCCGGUUGCAAGGUUGCGAACGCAUCGUGCACCGUACUGCGGCCAAACUGUCUCAUCAGCAGCUUCUUAACAUCCAAGAAAGAAACUGAAGUGCUGUUGCUGCUGUUGCUGCUGAGCUUGCACUAGUGUGCGAGUCAUCGACAAGUGCAAGCAGAUGUCACGGGUGUGCAUUAGCAUGCAGUACAUCGCAUAGCAAGGCGACGGAAAGACGUCAACGGAAUACAUUUGCUGAUCUGCUGCUACCAGUGUUGCUGCUGCUGCUACAGAGAGGAGCACUAACGAUUUUCUUAUAAGUGUUCAAAACGGAUUACAUAAAGGAUACAUCAACGGUGUUGUCAGCUGGUGGUAGAAUUCGUUUGUGUGUGUGUGUGUAUGUGUGUAUGUGUGAGUAAGCGAGGCAUAGUGCACCGGAACGUGCACCGGCAGUGCGCUGAGUGAUCAGCAUCUUGUGGCACGGUGAGGUGAUUUAUCAUCAAUUGUAUGCUGCUGCUGCUGCUGCUACUGGAGGUGGUAGUGCUACUUGCUCGGUGAUAAGUGAGUGCAUUUCGACGUUUGUGACGGUGGCAGGUCAGCUUCGGGAAGUGGCGAUCUUCUCGGUUCUAGGUUCACCACUCGACGAUGUGAAGUGAUGUCAGUUCGUGUCGUUCGUGUGGCUUCCAGCUUGGGUGCAUUAGGCUGGGUGGUGUAGUAGUGGUUUCAGUGGAUCCGUGCACCUUCGCUCUCUUGCACCACACUUCACACACCCUCGAGGUCACUGGACAACAGAAGGUUGAUAGGAUAUCCAAGCAUCCGAGCACCGAGCAGCGGAACCGUCACCCUUUUCAAUCAAAAUUCCGUUUCUCUCCUCGACCACGCGUCUGUCGUGUUUGGGUGAUACUGUAUGUGUGUGUAUGUGUACGUGUGUGUGUAUGUGUGAAAACGUAGUGCAUAUUCUAUGAAAGCAAAUGGUAUACAGUGCACUACUAGCUGGCGCAGUCCAACUCGGGAUGUGCUCCGUGCGGAGUGAUUAAUCCUCCUUCCUUGGGCUUCGUCGAAAGCAGCAUUCCAGUGACCAUUCGCUCGACCAUUCGAGCUAGUCUGACCAGUAGAGUCUAACUUCGACACGACUGUUCAACACCAUACACCCGUUUGCCGUAUUUAGUGCUCAACUGGAACCGGUGCAGCUGUGCGUAAGGUAUUGGGCGCGUGUGGCAAAUGUGUCCGUAAUUAAUUCUGGUCCAAACGGUCUUUUGGUGUCUUGGUAUUCGAGAGGUCCGCGGGGAGACGCCUUACAAAAGUGUAGCCCAGUUCCAGUCCCAGGUCAGCAACAUAACAGCCAGCACGACGUGUCAACCGUUACAGAUACCGGACUUCUUGGUCUAGCCUGGGUAUUAGCGAGUGGGGGUAGGGGCCAGGGGCGCAUCCAGCAUGGAUAAUGGUAGUGGUCGGCCGAAGAGCCGAAGUCAAGUGCAGCUUACGACGAUUCUAGUGAGCCCGCGUUCUCGGCAGCAGCAGCAGCAGUGAGCGGGUCUAGCGGGGAGUGGGAUUAGAGAUGGGCAGUAGCUGGAGUCCCGAUUGGCGAUGGUGUGAUCACUGGCAAACCUUCCGCUACCUGCUAUCGUGUGCCAGCUACGACAGUAACGCGAGCACACUACUCUGGGGUCCGGACGUACUGUGUCGUCUCGCCAGUCACGCCCCGUUGCCAACGGUAGGAGCAGCAGCAGCAGCAGCACCCCCGUCACCACCACCGAUCAACCAUCAGCCAUCCGACGACCUGACAGUUCGAUCGCCGAACAACGAAACGGUUCUCGGACCUGGCAGCAUCGUCGGUGACGUUCCGGAGCAAACCGCUGGCCUGUACCGGUUGGUAACGCAGUGUUAUCAAAGCUUCAAGUGUGGCCUCCACUCACUGAUCGCCGGUGGUUCGGUUCGGCACGAGGAACUCCACUGGAACGAUGCCCUGUACGAGUGUGUCCCGGAUGAUUCGGUCGUCGGUCGGUCGGUCGCGGCCGGCGGUGAUGGUUGGGAUCCGUUCCCGAACGUGAACCCAACCUGUGAGCUGUCCAUUCCUGCGUACAACGUAACGCUCGUCGCCCACCAAGUGCUGCAGCCAGUGUCCGAGUUGAUCGUGCAGCUGCCACGGCUUGCCCUCCGCCUGCUCGGAGAUCCAACACCGACGGAUGGACGGAUGGACUGCUGGAACGCAUCGUCGCUCGAUGCCGGAAUGCUGGAUGUUCCCGUUCGUGCCGCGCGGUUGAUCUGUGGCGGCAAUGGGACACACUCGCCGGCCGCGUUCUUCGAGAAUGAGGCAUUCGAGAGCGUUCGGAAUGUGUCCCUGCUCGAACCGAUACAGUGCUGGAUGAGUGUCGAAGUGCUGCAGACCGUGCUGGCUGACCAGUGGCCGGGUUCGAUCGAUCGUUCGCUCGCUUCGCUGUCGUCGGUCGGUGGUGGUGGUGGUGGUGGUGUUGGUGGCUGGAAUCAGACGCGCUUGCUGGAUGAGCUGCAGCUGGUCAAUCCCGGUGACACCGCCGACGGACGGUACGAGUGGAGCUUCCUGUUCGUUAUCCUGUUCAUCUUUGCCGGCGGGCUCGGCAACAUUCUCGUCUGCCUGGCGGUCGCCCUCGAUCGGAAGCUACAGAACGUCACCAACUACUUCCUGCUGUCGCUCGCCAUCGCCGAUCUACUGGUCAGCCUGUUCGUGAUGCCGCUCGGGGCGAUACCGGGAUUUCUGGGCUAUUGGCCGUUCGGUGUGACCUGGUGCAACAUCUACGUGACGUGUGAUGUGUUGGCCUGCUCGGCCAGCAUCCUGCACAUGUGCUUCAUCAGCCUGGGCCGUUACCUGGGCAUACGGAACCCGCUCGGUAGCCGGCAUCACUCGACCAAGCGGCUGACCGGCAUCAAGAUCGUGCUGGUGUGGCUGUUGGCGAUGCUCGUGUCUAGUUCCAUCACCGUACUAGGGUUGAUCAAUCAGAACAACAUCAUGCCCGGUCCGAACGAGUGUGUCAUCAACAAUCGGGCCUUCUUCGUGUUCGGAUCGCUGGUCGCGUUCUACAUCCCUAUGGUGAUGAUGGUCGUGACGUACGCCCUGACCGUGCAGCUGCUCCGGAAGAAGGCCCGCUUCCUCGAGCAGCACCCGGAGGGCGAACUAUUUAGAAGACUGGGAGGACGGUUGGCGUCCUCGAAGCACUCGAACAACUCGCAGAGCGAUGGUUCCACCACCUCGAACCGGGGGUUGGAGUUGAAGAAAGGGACGGGAACGGGCACCAUCAGCAACCACAACAACAACACCAGCAGUAGCAGCAGCAUUGGCAUUGGCAUCGGCAUUGGUAACAACAACCAUCAGCACCAUCUUCAUCAUCAUCACCAGCAGCAACAGCAGCAGCAGCUGCAGCACAAGCAACAGGUGGCGUACGUGCGCCCCGAUCGUUCACCGCCACCGUCACUCUCGUCCCUGGAUGCGUCCACACCGAGUGUCAUGCCGUGGCGGUGGCAUGGUUCCACAACGGCCGGGACCGGAACCGGCCGCAUUAGCAGGAUGAGCUCAAUCAAGGGUAGCAUUUCGCAUCCGCACCUCGGCCACACGACGAACGGUGGUGGUGGUGGUGGUGUCACGGCCCGGCAUCCUCAUCCACUCGCACUGGUCGGGACGGUCGCCGGUACCGGGGCUAGUAAGCACCUGGCAAGCCGCUCCCGGACAACAACGGACCGGACAAUGGUGUGCGACCAGGGCACCCAGACACCGGACAGCAUCGAGCGGGAAACGAGACGCCAAAAGUUCUGCUCCUUCCGGAUACACCUCAACAGCGUACCGACGCCGGCGAUAAAUUUCAAUCUCAAGUUUCUCGGCAGCAAAAAGCGCACCAACCUAUCGGCGAACGCGGUCGCGACCGAACAGAAGGCCACCAAGGUCCUGGGGCUGGUGUUCUUCACGUUCGUCUUCUGCUGGGCCCCGUUCUUCAUUCUGAACAUCAUCUUCGCGGCGUGGCCCGACGCCAAAGUACCUGAGCGCAUCGUCAGCAUCUGUCUGUGGUUGGGUUACGUGUCGUCGACGAUAAAUCCCAUCAUCUACACGAUCUUCAACAGGACGUUCCGGGCCGCCUUCAUCCGAUUGCUGCGCUGCAGAUGCGAACGGUCCGGACGCCCGCCAAGAUAUCGCUCGGUGACGGACAGCCGGGGUGCCAUCAGUCUCUGCACACCGUCGGCCUUGCCGCUCGCGAUAUCGCUGCAGGGUUCGUCGCUACUAACACCCUCCACGACGCAGGCGACACCCCUCAGUGAUUUCCGGGGUAGCUACGAGAUAACGGAUGACGAUUGCUGAGCAGAGACGCCACCGGGCCACUGCGACAACCCCCGGGGAGAGGACAGCAGAUGAAAAACUCCCCUUUCCCCUAGAGCGUACGUGAUGCAUCCCAACCGGAACACCGGACACUACUAGCGGUGGACAGUAGUUUUAGUGUAGCUUUUAAUUGAAAACACAAACUCGUACAAAAAAGAAGAAAAGCAUUCAUGACUCAAGAGCUGCAACUUUCCCGACAAACGAGACAAGCGUCAGCACGACGAACGCGUUGGACACGGAUAGAAUUCAUUCUAUUGUAGACCGUAGAUUGUACUAUUAGUAACCAUCUUCAUCAACUACCCCUCCCGUUCCCUAGUCCUUUCACCUCAUUUUUUCCUCCUGAUGCAUCUUCUCGUUCGCGUUUCACGUUUUUCCCUUUCACUCAUCCCUCUCUCCCUACCCUACCCGAUGAGCACCGGUUUAAAAGCAACGAAAUGGAAAUGACAGUAUUUUGUAAGACAAAUUUCUGCGGCAGUAGUUUGUUAAACCAGUGCACAAACAUAAAUGUGAUUUUAUAUUAAAGUUAUAUAUAUAAAUAUAGAUAUAUAUACACGCAUUCAUAGCGAUGUAAAACUAU